CACCCUCCCUCUAUGUGUGCGCGUUAGUGUGUAUGUGGAAUGCGGGUCAAGCGGAAUUCACGAGUCACGGCAAAAACUGCGCUUCACGUCCAAACUCACACACCGGCUCGCAUCGGCCUGACGUGUUCUCUUCCAUCAACUGUCUGGUUGUAACGUGUCUUCACAUCGGAGCUCCACAGACAGACACGAUGAAGAGAAGCAGGCACCCCAGCAGCAGUGACGACUCCGACAACGGAAGUAAUUCUUCCUGCUGGUCCCAGCAUUCGUCACAGCCCAGAAGGGGCACUGGACAGAAACCCUCUGAGGUUUUCAGGACAGACUUGAUUACCGCCAUGAAGGUGCCCGACUCAUACCAGUUAAACCAUGAUGACUAUUACAUUCUGGCAGACCCUUGGAGGCAGGAGUGGGAGAAAGGCGUUCAGGUCCCUGUUAGCCCCCAGUCCAUCCCACAACCUGUUGCCAGAGUGCUGGCAGAGAAAGGGAAGCAGGCCAUGUUUGUCAGACCAAAGAAGCUGAUUCGAACGUCGGGCACCGAGGCGCUGGGCUACGUGGACAUCAGGACACUGGCAGAGGGGAUGUGCCGCUACGACUUGAAUGAAGAAGACGUGGCCUGGCUACAGAUCAUUAAUGAAGAGUUCGCUGAAUUGGGUAUGCCACCAUUGGAUGAGAUGACCAUGGAACGGGUUUUAGAGGAGUUUGAGCACUGUUGCCAUGACAACAUGACCCACGCGAUGGAGACAGAGGAGGGUCUUGGCAUAGAGUAUGAUGAGGAUGUGGUGUGUGAUGUGUGCCAAUCUCCUGACGGGGAGGACAACAACGAGAUGGUCUUCUGUGACAAGUGCAAUAUCUGUGUUCACCAGGCUUGUUACGGCAUCCAGAAAGUUCCCAAAGGCAGCUGGCUGUGUCGGAUAUGUGCCCUUGGCAUCCUGCCAAAGUGCCAGUUGUGUCCAAAGAAGGGCGGAGCCAUGAAGCCAACCAGAAGUGGAACCAAGUGGGUCCACGUCAGCUGUGCCUUGUGGAUUCCAGAGGUGAGCAUCGGGAAUCCAGAGAAAAUGGAACCGAUCACCAAUGUGUCCCAUAUUCCCAGCAACAGAUGGUCCCUGAUCUGCUGCCUGUGUAAAGAGAAAACUGGAGCUUGCAUACAGUGCUCAGCGAAAAACUGCCGCACUGCCUUCCAUGUGACCUGUGGCCUCCACGCAAAGCUGGAAAUGAACACCAUUUUAACAGAGGAGGACGAAGUCAAGUUCAAAUCCUAUUGUCCCAAACACUCCGGGCAUGAGGGCGGUGAGUCUAGGGAUCAAGACUCAGGAGAGGAGGACAAGGAUGGUGUCAGGGACAAGAAGGGAAAGAGGAGGGGCCGUGUGAGAGGAGAGGAAGACCUCAACUUCUCUUCCUUUCCACCUGCCUGCGUUGCUCCCCAGGAGGCGGACAGAGCUCCUAACAAGCCUGAGGAGGACAGCAGCCGUGAGGAAGAGAAGAGGGUCAACCUGCGUAAGAUGAAGCUGCAACAGAUGGAGGAGGAGUUCUACCAGUUUGUGCAGGUGGAGGAGGUGGCGAGUCACCUGAAGCUGCCGCUGGACUUGGUGGACUUUGUCUACCAGUACUGGAAACUGGAACGCAAAGCCAACUUCAACCAGCCGCUCCUCACUCCAAAGAAGGAUGAGGAGGAGAGCCUAGCACGUCGUGAGCAGGAGGUGCUGCUGCGGAGGCUACAGCUCUUCACGCACCUUCGCCAGGACCUGGAGAGGGUUCGUAAUCUGACCUACAUGGUGACUCGGCGGGAGAAGAUGAAGCGCUCACUGUGGAGAGUCCAAGAGCAGAUCUUCCAGCACCAAGUCCGAAUGCUCAACCACGAGCUGCUGACCGGAGAUCCUUCAGCCAAGGAUUUAGAGGAGCUCUUCUCUCUGGGCUGGUUGUUGUCUCAGGGCUCGCCGUCAUGCUCUUCCUGGAGUCAGUCUGGACAGAAGAGCAAACGAGCAUCCCUGAAGCAGGACAAGAGGAAAAGUGACAGGAAAAGCCUCUGUGACUCACCACACACUCACAAAAAAGACAGUCUCGCCAAACCACUAGAAAUGAAGGAUGCUAAGGGCUCCCGAGUGAAGCAGUCUGAGUUAGCUGAGGCCAUGAACGAAGCCAAAGUUCCGAAAUCUGAGACCAGCCAGGAGCUUCAGUCCCCAAAGCUUCAGAGGUCAGAAGCUCUUCAGGAAGUGAUCAUGGUCAAGCUACCCAAACCCGAGAACAGGAAAGGCUCAAGGAGGGAGGCCCCGGGGCCCGAACGGGAGGUAGACAGGGAAGGCGCGGUGUUGGCUCGACGGAAACGAGAAAACAGCCACGAGCAGGACGAGAAAAGAAGGAAGAAGAGUGAGGCGCCUGAAAGUUUUUCUAGUCACCUGAAGGAGCCCUUUGAUUCCAAACACCUGGAGAAGACCGUGUCCAUCAGGUUGGUCGACAUCAGGAACACCGACUCCGAGGACUACUUCACAAAUGAAGGCAUGACCAGAAGAUGCUCCGUCUCCUCAGACUCUUCCAGUAAGCUCAGCAAAGCCAGAGUGGUCACAGACGCCAAAGCCAACGGCUGGCUGAGGAAAGCAGAGGCCAACGGUUUGCAAACGGCUAGCUGCUCUGUGAGCGGGCAGCUGAAAGACUGGGGCAAGUUCAAGAUCCCCAAGAGGAGCGACCGGCCCCAGGAAGCACUGGAGCAACGUAAGCCGCUGCUCAGACCGUUGACUAACACGUCGGAGCCGUCGUACCCCAGGACCCGGCUACGCACGGGGACAGAGAAUGAGCCCGGCAGUGGUGAGGCGGAGCCCUGCUUGAAACGCUGCCACUCCCACCAGCUGAGGGGCGACUCAUCCCUCAGCCGACGCUACGGAUCCGACAUCAUCCGGCGAGGCCUGCUGGCUUCCUGAUGGAGGAGAAAACGUUGACAUAAGCUGCACUGUUGGUGGAAAAAGACAUUUGCUCUUUGUAUUUUUAUUUUUCUGGAGAAAUCUUUAAAAUGCUUAGAAGUAAAACAGAGCUGAUAUUUAUUUUUUAUUUGUAACAUAUGUACAAUGGGAAAUACUUUACUUUUUACAUUAUUUACAGGUAGUUUUAUUUUUUUCUCCAUUUGAAGUUGAAAGAUGUCAAGUUGCCACUUAAUGCUCGCUCGGCUAUUUACAAGCAAAAGCAUCGACUCGAAUAAGUUUGUUGCUUGGGACCAUGAGGUUGCCAAUUUGUUUUUGAUGUUCCUGCUAAAUGUGGGCAUGAGUCAGCUGUGCUUUGUGGAGAAGCUGGAAUGCUGAUUAGAUUUAGAUUUAGCACUUGUCUUUGAUGAUUUGGUUAAUAAAAACAAAAUCAGAAGUUUGUCCUCAGUCACCCCAAAACAUUUGUGAGUGAGGGACUUCAGUGUAAGUGAACUCAGAUACCGUAUCCCUCAUGUGCCUAAAUUUUAUUUGAAACGUUUGCACUACGACGUGACGGCACAGGUGGGAGGAGAGUUAUUUUUACACUGAAAAGGAGAGUGAGUUUUGUACCCUCAGCCGCUGCUGUUCUACUGUUAUGCAAGAGGAAUCAUGUUUUUGUCUUUGUCUCAGAGAGGAAUAAAAAAAAAACUGGAGGACUUCAA